GUCAGUUGCUUACCGCGCGGCUUGUAAAGAAACUGAGGUGUAUUGUGGAAACAGACAUAAAAGAACGGAUAAAUGUUUAAAAUAUGAAUUUAAUCGCUUCUUGCACAUCCUAUUAGCAUUUUAUGCGCCUGUGUGAAAGUAUAUUGUUGUUAACGUUUUAAAUGACCCGCGAGCUAUCAAGUUCACGAGUUUCUGCCAGAUGGAGAACUUUAUUCUGUAUGAGGAGAUCGGAAGAGGCAGCAGAUCUGUUGUUUAUAAGGGCAGGAGAAAAGGUAGCAUACAUUUCGUUGCCAUCAUCUGCAGUGAGAAAUCCAAGAGACCUGAAUCAACCAACCAUGUUAGACUUGCUCAUGAUAUCAAACAUGAUAAUGUGGUGUCUUUCUAUGAAUGGUAUGAGACCAGCAACCAUCUGUGGCUGGUGGUGGAGAUGUGCACAGGUGGAUCUCUGGCAGCACUCAUUGCUCAGGACGAGUGCUUGUCUGAGGACGUAGUGCGAGAGUUUUCCAUUGACCUGAUAAAAGGUCUUAAACACAUCCAUGACUCUGGCAUCAUUUUUUCAGAUCUAACACCUGCAAAGAUAUUGUUAGAUGGACCAGGUACUCUGAAGUACUCUAAUUUCUAUCUGGCCAAAGCUCAAGGAGAGAGUCUGGAGGAGUUCUUCACUCUUGUAAUGGCAGAAGACACAGCAGCUGGUGACAGCAAAGAGAAAAUGAUCUCUCUACAGAAAGACAUCAAGAGCAGAAUUCGAGGUUCUCCUGUGUAUUGUGCUCCUGAGGUGCUGAGAGGAGCAAACUCCAGUUUCAGCAGUGACCUGUGGGCCUUAGGCUGCAUUCUUCAUGAGAUGUUCACAGGAAAACCACCCUUUUUCUCUGACAGUAUGACUGGAUUAGUUGAUCUCAUUUUAAAUGAAGAUCCUCCAACUCCAAAACAGAAAGGGCCUUGUUUCUCACAGCCCAGUACAGAGUUUGAGAGUCUGGUGACUGGUUUACUUCAGAAAGACCCAGUGAAAAGGUUAACCUGGGAAUCUUUAUUGUGUCAUUCAUUCUGGAAGGAAACAUUUUCUAAGACUCAUCCCAAUUCAGGGCAAGAGGAUUUACCUCUGAUCUCCAGCCUGCAUUUGGCGUCUGGGGUCUCUCGGACAGCGGAGGAAAGGCAGAAAGUACCUGCUGACCCAAGCAGUCCAAACCACAGCAAGUCCUUCACGUUAGAUAAUGUAAUUGAGUUUAGACCAAAGUCUGGGCUGGACACUGAUGCGAGAGAGGCCAUUUUCCUACUCAGCUCCAGACCAACUCCAAGAAAAAUCACUACUGCUAGAGAGAUGGAGGACAGAGGCCCUGACGCUCAGGAGUCCAGUGUCCUGGCGGAAGAGCAAAGUGACCUGAACAGCUGCAUUAAAGCUCUUUUAUACACAGACAGUGGCACUACGGUGACGCCCAUCAUGGAUAACCCAAAGAUUUUAAAGGUGCCUCCAGUUCGCUUUGAUCCAAAAACCCUUUGCGUACCGGCACACUCAGCUGACCGAUUGUCAAAUCUGAGUUCAGAGGACUGGUGUCAGUUUGUGCAGCAGGUGUGUGCUGUUCUGGAGUCAGUGGACCGGGCUGGAUCAGCCAGCGUCACAGCACCACGCACUAAACUCAACCUGCUCUGUUACCUGUGCACCGUGUGUAACCACAGAGAGACAGCCACACGCCUUAUACACUCCCAGCUGUUUCCUGUGCUGGUUCAACAGAUGCGACUCGCUCCUAACUGGGAUGUAAAAAGCAAAGUGAUGAGAGCCAUUGGCUUGUUGGCCUCCCAUUGUACCGAGCUCAAAGAGGACGUUCCUAUCACAGAGGCAGUGGCCAUGUUCACAGAGCUGCUCCGAGAGAACUUCAGGAGCAGCAAACUGAAGCAGUGCUUGAUUCCACCACUAGGGGAGCUGCUGUAUCUCAUCGCUACACAGGAAGAGAAGAAAGAGCGCCCAGGAGGAUUGUGGGUCGUUCCUGCUGCCGCCUACACCGUGUUAAUGAGGUGCCUUCGGGAAGGGGAGGAGGUAGUGGUGAAUCACAUGGCUGCCAAAACCAUAGAGAACGUGUGCAGUCGUGAAUCUCAGUGUGGCCAGGGAUUCAUCACUGCAGAGGUGGGGCCUGCACUCUAUUACCUGUUCACACACUCCACCGUGGAUGCACUCCGAGUCAGCGCUAUAUCUGCUCUUUGUAAAAUAACGCGGCACUUUGCUGGGGCCUUCCAGAGCGUGAUUGACCAGGUGGGAUUACCCAGCAUUCUCAGCUGCCUUGUGUCGGGGAUCAGCCGCGUCCAACAGCAUAUGCUCACUAUGUUCGCUGCAAUGCUGGCAUCAGGAGCUCAUUCCCACAGACUUGUACAGGACAGGGACUUUGUUAUGAAGAUAAUCCGUUCUCUGGAGAGUCCGUCUUCAGUCAUCCGUGCCAAGGCCUUCCUCGUUCUCCUGCAGGUCCUUAUGAACAACCGAGAGAUGCUUCUGCUCUGCUGUAACUCCAGGCUGGUGAUGUAUAUUGAAAGAGACGUCCGAAAGGCCACGCCAGGGAAGGAGCAGCAAACCGGCAAUGAAUACCUGUCGAAAUGCCUGACCCUCUUCAUUCGUCACACAGUGCACGAGCUGCCAGCCAUCCUAGAUGACAUCCUGUCUUCGCUAGGGUGCAUUGUGGGAAGGAAGCAUCCAUCCCCGACGCAGGCCCGUCAGCUAAAGCAGAGCCUGCCCAUGAUGGCUGUGGUGCUGCAUCUGCUCACCUCACAGAUUUUCCGACCACAAGUGGUGACUGACGCCUUUCUCUGCAAAUUUGGGAAACUGCUGAAUCACAUGACCUCCAUCGACUCCAAUGAGACGAGUUUGGGAAGUUCUAUAGGUCAGGCAGCAUCUGAAGAACUGAUCCGAAACACACUCUCUGCAGUGGAGGCCAUUUCCCAGCAUCCUGUUUUGCUGGGCAUGUAUCACCGCACAGUUGUGGAUUUGAUUGUACCGCCGUUGGCGUCUCUCGCCUACAGUAAGAAUGUGGAGUGGCGUAUUGUGAGUCUGCGUGUACUGUCAGAGAUCACGCUGCUGCUGCUAAGCCAAGAGGAGGUGGAUGAGCGCGAGAGGGAAAGAGAGGGAGUUGGUGAAAACACAUCCUCCAACACACGACUGCUGACGCUCAUCUCUGAGGCUCUGCUGCCACAAUAUGCGACUCUACUCCAGGAGCCAGACCCUGUUCCUGUGUAUGCCCUUAAACUGCUGGUGUCCCUCACGGAGCACAGCCCACCUGUCAGCAGGCUUGUUAGAGAGAGCCGUCUCCUGCCUGCCGUCUUUCAAGUCAUAGAGGAGCACCAGAAUAACGUCCUUGGCGGCACGAUGCAGAACGCCACGGCUCUCCUCUGCAAUCUGAUUGGACAGAAGGGCACAGACCUCCGACCGUUCUACCAGCAAGGUGUAAUUGAGGUGAUGUGUAAUGUCUUUGUGGAAGUCUCGGGCUUGUACCUGGAUAAAGAGCAGCACUCGGGGCUGAAGCUGUGCUCUGCUCUACUCCUGUGUCUGCUGGACAUCAUCCACUGCCUUCUCAAACAUCUCUCAUCUGUAGUCCGGCUGCCCCUUCAGAGAUCAGAUAAUAAUGAAGACACUGAGGCUGCAGAAGAACUACUGCUCAUCCACAAGCCACUGACAGAACUGAACAACAUCCUCAUUCAACUGUUGGCGUGUAAUGACAGUGAGGUGUAUGAGGAGACCAGUUCCUGUGUGUCUCUGCUGGCUCAGCUGUAUGGAGGAGAGGGAGCCGACCGCCUCCAGCCGGAGGAGCUGCUCAGCCUGGCACAUGCGUUACAGACACACACUGAACCCAGACAGCAGAAACUGCUCCUCCGAGUGCUCAAACGCAUGAUGAGUGCAGUUGGCAGCUCCUGUUGGGGUUCUCUGAAGGUCAGACCCUGGUUCACACACUGCAGAGACUCGCCCUGCCUACCAGGUGAGUUAUUUGAAACAGGCUCCUCUUUAGCCGCCGGCCCUCAUCUACCAUCAUGAGGCCCCCGGUCGGGU